CCUAUAUUAUUUGCUUCUUAUGCAUGAACCAGAGCCAAUUACUUCCACUCGUAAAUGAUUUCUGCGUAAAUGUUAGUUGUCAUUAUAAAUCAACUUUCCAUUCUAGAUACCAACGUUUAACAUUCUAACCAGAACGAGUCAGCUCUGGUGGUAAAGGAGUUGCGGGCGUAACUUCUGCCACCCGGGUUCGAUUCGCGCUGGAAGAGACUAUUUACAUUGCUUGAGUUCCCGGCAAAGAGGUGAAAACCAGUGGCGGAGCUAGCUUGACAUGAGGGGGAUCAAUUGACCCAUGUGACUUUUGACAAAUUUAAUUUUCAUGCUUAUAUAAUUCACUUUUCAUAGAUAAUUUAGUAUUAUGACCCUCAUGAUCCAAGUCUAAAUACUCUAUGUGCACCUAGUCAAUAAACAUUUUGGAUUGAUCAUUUGCUUAUGGUAAUAUUAUUGACCCUCUUGAAACUCAUUUCUGCCUCCGCCACUGGUGAAAACACCUUUUUAUUUUACCAAAAAAAAAAAAACGUUUAACAUUCUUGUGCCAUGCACAACGUUAAGAAAAAAACUAUUUAUUUUUUACAUAUAUAAUUCCAAUAAAACAUCAAAUCAUUGUCACUCACCAAUUUCUCCCAUCAUCAUCAUCACCCAUUUAGUAAAAAAAAAAAAAAACUAUCAAACAAAAGGCCAUGUCUCAUGCGGGCUUGAUGGAUAAAAGUGCUAGAGCCCAAAGGGGGAUUGUUACUCUUGAACUAUUAUUUCAAAUGUUUUUCAUUUAAAAUUAAUCAUAUGGAUUUUGUUUUGCUUGCUGAUGUGUAAUAAGCGAAAAACUUAUUCUCUUUUUUUUGCAUAUAAGUUUUUUUUUCUCUGUUCUUUAGCCCCUUUGAUCCUUGUUUGGUUACCCAGAAAAUCAAAUAGCAAAAAAAAAAUUUGUUUGUGAAAACAGAAUCAUGAUUUCCUUUGCGUGCUAAACAUUCACUGACCAAACUUCUUUUUGUUUUAAGGAAUGAUGAGAUUCAAGAAAGGAACUAAAGUGGAAGUGUUGACCAAAUCUUCACUUCCAUCUGGUGCUUGGCGAUCUGCUGAGAUAAUGUCCGGUAAUGGGCAUUAUUACACUGUCAUGUAUGAUAGCGUUGACGCUACAGAGAGGGUACCGAGGAAGAGUAUGAGACCUGAGCCUCCUCCUCUGCAAGUUCUUCAUUCUUGGGUUCCUGGUGACGUUCUUGAGGUUUUUGAAAGCUGUUCCUGGAAGAUGGCUAUCGUUUCCAAGGUUUUGGAGGAUGAUUGUGUCUUGGUUAGAUUACUUGGUUCCUCAGUCAAGGUCAAGGCAAACAAAUCUGACAUUCGGGUCAGACAGUCUUGGCAAGACAAUGAGUGGAUCAUGGUCGGGCAGAGUUCACCGAGAUUAAGCGCACAGACUUCAACAGGAAAGUUAAGGAGAAAGGUGAAUCUGAAAGGCGACUAUGUUUCAUCUGAGAGCAAAGACAAGCUCAAUGUGUCUGAUGCACUGGGUUCAAAGAAACGGACCUACUCUUUGGUUACGCCACACAAUCAAACUCCACAAGUCAAAGAAGAAGAAGAUAGAGAGAGUAUUGCUUCUUCUGUUGGUAGUUGUAACUUGGAUGGUUUAAGUACUGUCUCUUUCGUUCCCAUAGAAACCGGUAGCUCCAGUGACACUGAGUCAUCAUCUUGUCGCUACAGAAGCUUCAAGAUCAAGAAGAAGUCUGGCUUUACACCAAAAGGCUCAGAAGCUGCUGAUGUUCAUAGGCUAGAGUUGGAUGAAUACCGAUGCAGUAUCGAGAGAUUGCACGCAUCUGGACCGAAUAUAACGUGGGAACAAGAAACGUGGAUCACAAACCUCCGUCUGAGACUGAACAUCUCGAAUGAGGAACAUCUGAUGCAGAUAAGAAACCUUAUCUCUGAUGAUAACAGUACUACAUACAGAUAGCAGCAUCAUUUAACAUCUACAAGCUGUGUUACAUAGAAUGAAAACUAAGGUUAAGGUUGUACAAAAUGUCACUCUAUUUUCAAACACAGCUAUUUGAUUUUUUUUUCUUCCUGAGCUUGUAAAUGUGAGUUUGAACAUAUAUGAAUGAUUACUGCACCAUACUACUGCAGACUCUUAACUUCUAU